UAAGGAUGUGUGCAGUCUCAAAUAUAAUUCAUCGUCCAAAAUGAGGUCAGGAAACGCCGUGAAGUCCGCCAUUUUUGAUGAAUGCGCGCGCACCCGAACGAUGUGAAGUUGGCUCAGAGGUUGCGCGCGCCAGUCCGCCCAGCCGUCUUCGACCAUCUCGCGUAGAAAAAUAAAAAUUAAAAAAUAGAAAGCGGAUUCAAGGCGUGUUCGAAAUUCAAACAGUUCAAUUUUAAGUUUUUUUUUAAUAUCAAAUAUGGCUGUGGUUGUGAUACGUGAACUGCCGACAUAGUGCACAAUAUGUUUCGCUGUGGAGAUGGGACUUAGGUUUUAGAUUUAAUUCUAGUGUUUGUGUGUAAAUAGUAAAGUGGUGUGAAUUAACUGUUUUUACUGUACGCGACCCUUUGGGACCAACCUACCAGAAACAGCGACCUAUACAAUAAAUAACCUAUAAUUUUAGUCCGAGCCCUAUACACCUGACACUGAUCCUUUACUCUCCACUCCACUCCUUAGAUAAUGGUCGUGGGAGGCAUGACUGCACCUGACAUUUAAUAGGCAACCAUGAGCGCCCCAGAACCAGAGCCGAUCCCGGCGGCCCCUGCCGGAACCCCGGCGGACCCCCCCGAGCCGGACGGGCCCCUGAUCCCGGUCCCCGCGCCCCGCAAGACCGCCCGGAGAGGCCCUAAAGUCCUACAGGAGAGGCCGAAGCGCGCGCUCUUCUGUCUCACGCUCAAGAACCCGAUUAGGAAGGUCUGCAUCGAUAUUGUUGAGUGGAAACCGUUCGAGUGGAUGAUCCUGACCACCAUCUUCGCCAACUGCAUCGCGCUGGCGGUGUUCACGCCCUACCCCAACAGCGAUUCCAACUACACCAACUCUGUGCUAGAGAAAAUAGAAUACGUGUUCCUGGUCAUCUUCACGGGGGAGUGCUUGAUGAAGAUCUUCGCGUACGGGUUUGUGAUGCACGCCGGCUCCUAUCUGAGGAAUGGAUGGAACUUGCUGGAUUUCACCAUCGUCGUUAUUGGAAUGGUGAGCACGGUGCUGUCGAGCAUAUUCAAAGACGCGUUCGACGUAAAGGCUCUGCGGGCGUUCAGGGUGCUCCGACCUCUGAGGCUCGUCUCUGGAGUACCAAGUCUCCAGAUCGUGCUGAACUCCAUCCUGAAAGCGAUGAUCCCACUGCUCCACAUCGCACUGCUGGUCAUCUUCGUCAUCAUCAUCUACGCCAUCAUCGGCCUUGAGCUCUUCUCCGGGAAAAUGCACAAGACUUGCUUCCACAAACACACCAGUGAGAUGAUGGACUCUCCCCACCCCUGCGAUGUGGAUAACGGUUUCAACUGCUCAAGCCUGGGCUCCGAGAUGAUAUGUCGCGAAGGCUGGAUCGGGCCCAACUUCGGCAUCACCAACUUCGAUAACUUCGGGCUGUCCAUGUUGACGGUGUUCCAGUGCAUUACGUUGGAGGGGUGGACUGAAGUCAUGUAUAAUAUACAAGAUGCGAUGGGCAACAGCUGGGAGUGGAUUUAUUUCGUGUCGAUGGUCAUAUUGGGAGCUUUUUUCGUCAUGAACCUAAUUCUCGGUGUAUUGUCUGGAGAAUUCUCAAAAGAGAGAGAAAAGGCGAAAAACCGGGGUGACUUCCAGAAACUUCGAGAGAAGCAGCAGCUAGAAGAGGACCUGAAGGGUUACCUCGACUGGAUCACGCAGGCAGAGUACUUGGAGCCUCUGGCGGACCAGAACGACACUGCUGACCAGUUGAGGGAGUAUAGUUUAGGAGCAGGUACAGUAGAAAACCACGACUCAUCAGACCAUUUAGGAGUAGAGAUGAGUGAGCCACAGAAGAGCUGCCUUUGCAAACUCUGGAAGCAAGACUUCGAUAAAAUCAAUCGAAGAAUGAAGCGUAGUUGUCGGAAAGCAGUAAAAUCGCAGACGUUUUACUGGCUGAUCAUUCUACUUGUGUUCCUGAACACUGUGGUGUUGGCCAGCGAGCAUUAUCAGCAACCAAGCUGGCUGGAUUUGUUCCAAGAGUACGGGAACGCCUUUUUCGUAGCACUUUUUACUUUAGAAAUGUUAGUCAAGAUGUACAGUCUAGGAUUACAAGGUUACUUUGUGUCGCUGUUCAACCGGUUCGACUGCUUCGUGGUGGUCGGGUCCAUCAGCGAGAUGGUGCUCACGAAGACGGAGGUGAUGCCCCCGCUCGGCAUCUCCGUGCUGCGGUGUGUGCGGCUGCUGAGGGUGUUUAAAGUUACCAAAUAUUGGCGCUCCCUCUCCAACCUAGUAGCGUCUCUCCUCAACUCCAUCCAGUCCAUCGCCUCGCUGCUGCUACUACUAUUCCUCUUCAUCAUGAUCUUCGCGCUCCUCGGCAUGCAGGUCUUCGGAGGGAAGUUCAACUACGAUCCCGUGGAGGAGAAGGAUCGGCACAAUUUCGAUUGCUUCUGGCAGGCGUUGCUGACGGUGUUUCAGAUCCUGACAGGCGAAGACUGGAACGCGGUGAUGUACGAAGGCAUUAAGGCGUACGGCGGCGUGGGCUCCGUCGGCAUCGUCGCCUGCAUCUACUUCAUCAUCCUCUUCAUCUGUGGCAACUACAUCCUACUAAACGUUUUCUUGGCCAUCGCUGUAGACAAUCUCGCGGACGCAGAAUCCUUAACCAACAUUGAAAAGCAGAAUCCCGAUGGGAAAGAAGCCGGUAGUGUAAUAAUCGAUGGUGCACAUGCUGACACUGAUGAUGAAUACAUCCACGAUGACGAUGCGUAUACGACGGACAAUUCGGAGCGUGAAUAUGAAGAGACAGGCUCGGAAGAAGGAGAAGAAGAAGGAAUCGAGAUAGAGGGUGGAGAGGAAACAGAGAGGAUAGAAGAAGAACAGGAACGGGAAGAAGAGACUAUUCAGAGGAAUCAUAUAGUGAACACAGAGGGCGAGGAGCCAAGAUUGAAGCGAAAGCCGACAACAUCAUCGGCCAGACCAAGGAGGCUGUCUGAAGUCGACAUACACGACUCUAAGAAACCCAUCCCUGAUGCUACCUCCUUCUUCAUAUUUACCAAAACCAACAGGUUCCGCGUGUUCUGCUACAAGCUGUCAGCAUCUUCGACCUUCGGGAACAUCAUCCUGGUCUGCAUCAUGUUCUCAUCGGCCAUGUUGGCUGCUGAAGAUCCUUUGGAUGCUCAGCAAAAAGGAUUCAGAAAUUGGCUCCUAAGUCAAUUCGACGUGUUUUUCACGGGCAUCUUCACGCUGGAGCUGUUCCUCAAGCUGGUGACAUACGGGCUGAUCCUGCAUGAGGGCGCAUUCCUCCGCUCCGCCUUCAACGUGCUCGACAUGCUCGUCGUCUGCGUGUCGCUCAUCUCCAUGUGCUUUAAGUCAGGAAGUAUAUCGGUGGUGAAGAUAUUAAGAGUGUUCAGGGUGCUGAGGCCACUCAGGGCCAUCAAUAGGGCCAAGGGCCUUAAGUAUGUGGUGAAAUGUGUGAUAGUAGCUAUUAAGACUAUAGGCAAUAUAAUGCUAGUUACGUAUUUGUUACAAUUUAUGUUUGCUGUCGUUGGCGUACAGUUGUUUAAGGGAAAGUUUUUUAGAUGUACUGAUAUUUCGAAGAUGACGAAAGCGGAGUGUCAAGGAACAUACCUUGUCUUUGAAAAUCGUAAUUACGUAGUUAGAGAUAGAGAGUGGAAGAGAAAUGAUUUCCAUUUCGACAACGUCAUGAAAGGGAUGCUGACGCUGUUCACCGUCUCUACGUUCGAGGGAUGGCCUGCGUUGUUGUAUGUGUCCAUCGACUCAAACCAAGAGGACCGUGGUCCCAUCACUAACUUCCGUCCAAUCGUUGCAGCCUACUAUAUUAUUUAUAUUAUUAUAAUCGCCUUCUUUAUGGUAAAUAUAUUCGUCGGUUUCGUCAUAGUUACAUUCCAAAACGAGGGAGAGCAGGAGUAUAAAAACUGUGAACUGGACAAGAAUCAGAGGAACUGCAUAGAGUUCGCCCUGAAAGCAAAACCUAUAAGAAGGUAUAUCCCAAAGCAUCGCAUCCAAUACAAAGUGUGGUGGUUCGUCACAUCCCAGCCGUUUGAAUACGCCAUCUUCGUUCUCAUCAUGAUCAACACCAUCACACUAGCCAUGAAGUACCACAAUCAGCCCCUCGAAUACAGCAAAGCUUUGGACAUGCUCAAUAUGAUUUUCACCGCUGUCUUUGCUCUUGAGUUCAUUUUCAAACUCGCUGCCUUUAGGUUUAAGAAUUAUUUCGGAGACGCGUGGAAUACUUUCGACUUUAUCAUCGUGCUAGGGAGUAUUAUAGAUAUUGUGGUAUCACAAGUCAACGAGCUCAAAAACCAGGGAAGCGGUUUAACAAAAGCCCACAUAAAGGAAACCUCUAUACCAUCGAUCAACUUCUUCCGUUUGUUUCGAGUGAUGAGACUUGUGAAGCUACUGUCCAGAGGGGAGGGGAUCAGGACUCUCCUCUGGACGUUUAUAAAGUCAUUUCAAGCGUUGCCGUAUGUUGCCUUGCUGAUUUUGAUGCUGUUCUUCAUUUAUGCUGUAGUGGGGAUGCAGGUGUUUGGGAAGAUAGCCAUAGACGACGAAACCCCUAUCACUAGAAACAACCACUUCCAGACAUUCCCUCAAGCUAUUUUAGUCUUAUUUCGUUCAGCUACAGGGGAGGCGUGGCAGGACAUCAUGAUGGGGGUGUCCCCGGAACCGGAAGUGCAGUGCGACGACAACUACGAAGAGGAACCCGGCGAGAACGUCAACUCCUGCGGCUCCGUGCUCGCCUUCCCCUACUUCAUCUCUUUCUACGUGCUGUGUUCUUUUUUGAUUAUAAAUUUAUUUGUAGCCGUCAUUAUGGACAACUUCGACUAUUUGACCAGAGACUGGUCAAUACUGGGACCACACCACUUAGAUGAAUUUAUAAGGUUAUGGAGUGAAUACGACCCGGACGCGAAGGGUCGGAUAAAACAUUUAGAUGUAGUUACUUUGUUAAGAAAAAUUAGUCCUCCUUUAGGGUUCGGCAAGUUGUGUCCACACCGCGUGGCCUGCAAGAGACUGGUCUCCAUGAACAUGCCUCUCAACUCCGAUGGGACUGUCCUCUUCAAUGCCACCCUCUUCGCGGUCGUCAGGACUUCGCUGAAGAUCAAAACUGAGGGCAACAUAGACGACUGCAACACAGAACUAAGAGCGGUCAUCAAGAAGAUCUGGAAGCGCACGUCUCCGAAACUCUUGGACCAGGUGGUACCACCACCAGGGGACCCGAAUGAGAUCACCGUCGGCAAGUUCUAUGCCACCUUCCUGAUUCAGGACUACUUUAGAAGGUUCAAAAAGCGGAAGGAGCAAGAGUUAAGGCAGAACGAUGAGGCCUGUCACCAGAUGACUCUCCAAGCGGGUCUGAGGACCCUUCAUGAAGCAGGUCCAGAACUGAAAAGGGCUAUAUCAGGGAAUCUCGACGACAUCACAACAGAAUGUGAUGUGCCUAUGCAUAGGAGAAACCACUCAUUAUUCGGUGGGGUCUGGUCGAGCAUUCGGAGACACGGAUCCAACAGGCACAUCAGACACAGGAAACCUGGGGAACCGCCGAUGGGAGAAGGAGUGGGUAAUCAUCUGAGCUCGAUGAUGCAACGAGAGUAUGGAGUAGGAACUUUACCUCUAGCGCCAACAGUACCGAAUGGACAACCAAAGGAGCAAAUACCACUUAGACCUUUAAUAUUCAACGGAGAAUCAGAGAAGAUAUAUCAAGUUCUAGACAAUCAGAAAUCUAACUACCCGGAGAUGUUAGGUCAGAUAGGUCUCGCGUUCGGUUGCGUCAACUAUCUAACGACGCCGAGCGAGGCGGCUCCGAUAAAAACGUCCCCAGCCGUGUCUAGACAAAAGAUCCAUCCAGAAGACUCGACGUCUUCCAGGGAGAAGCUACCGAUACCGAGGAAGGCGUCUCCGGAGGAUAAGACGCCGUCUCCGAGCGCGUUCGAAGCGAUACACCCGAAGAUCUCUCCGCAUCUCGCUAGCGAAUGCACGCCGACGACCGAGGCGAAAACGAUGACGUUAUACGGCUACAAUGCAGCGGCGAAGCUUCCGUUCGCGUUCUCCCACGCUAAGGCGGUGUGCCGCGGAGGCGAGAGGAGGAGCCUCCGAGCCAUCAAGCCGGUGGUGACAGGUCGGAUGGUGCGCAGUGCCUCGUCAGGGGCGGCGAGCUCGCAUGCGCCGCCCGCCCAGCUUUUAGCUCGACCGCACUCGCCAGGAGGCGAUAGCUCAGGCCGCGGCGUGGUCUCCCUGCCUGGCAGUCCGCGUGGCAUCAACUCCACAGUCCCGGUGGUUGGGUCAGCCGAGAGCCUUGUCAGUAGGGUUUUAGCUGAACAGGGUCUGGCGGCGUACUGCGACGCGGAAUUCGUGAGGAACACCUCUCGGGAGAUGCAGGAGGCCCUCGAGAUGACGCAGGAACAGAUGGACCGGGCGGCACAUCAACUCAUGAUUCAAGAGCGAAAUACAAAGCUAGCCCAAACCCAGCCUCAAGUUGCUAACAUUUGGGCUGUUCCAGGGCGAUAUGCUAGCUCGCCACCCUUACCAGCCACCGACCAUGCCCCCACCCUUCAAGCCGUUAUAGCAGAGAGUGGCCGCGCCGUACAAGAUGGCGGACACGAUCAAAAUGGCAGCCAAGAUGGCGCCGCGCCGCGAAAUGGCGCUAAACACCACAAGCAGCACAAGAGGAAAAGAAAAAGAAAACCAGUAUUGGUAUAGUGUAUUGAAAUAUGUUUGAGAUGUGCUCAAAUUUUUAUUUGUUGCUUAGGAUUAGGGGCAGAUGAUUUUUACCGCCGAUUUAUCAUCGCAAUAUAGUUAGAAUGAGGCAGCAAUAUAUAAUUCUGCUUUUAAUAAAUAUCUGUGUCUUUAUCGAUUGUACCGACAAAUUAACUAC